GAAAAGCCACCCAUUCGUCCCCCUCCCCUACCUCCCAUCCUUUGCCCAGGAGCUGCCUUCAUCGCAGUCACGCCCCUUCCUUCCGAGGAGCUUUCUGGCUGCUCAAGCUGGUAGACCCCCUGAUUUAUUCUUCCAUCUCCGCUCUCUUUCGCCUCAUCUUCUCUUAGUUCUCACCGCUCCCUCCACCCCCCACCUCCAGUCUGUCUUGCCUCCGACCAUCCGCUGCUCCACCCUCCGGCCCGGUAUCCUGCCUGUCCACUGCCACCAAGGAGAGCCCGGACGGAGCAGCGAGGAGGGGAGCAGCCGGGAGUUGGGGCUUCCCCCUGCCCAUCCUGGCCUCCGGCCCGGGACCGAAGCCACUUGAGCGAGCAGAGAGUCGUCACCUUGUCUUCGGUGCCUUCAGGGAGCUGCUGAGGAGGACAACUAGCAGAAGGGAAAGAGACUUUGUCUCCUCGGAAGAAAGGCUAAGAAACUAAAGAGUGACCAGUGGUCGGACUCUUGGCGGCGCUUACCCUGAACCUGAGUGUUAGGGGAGAGGGAAUCUGCCGUUGCGGUUUCUGGAGCUGCUCAUAAGCGAGAAUUCCCUAUCCUGAUCAAGGCUUUAAGCCUAAAAGAAAGCAGAAAUAGGUCAAGGGCAGCCCAGGUGCCCAAUUUCUCUCUCUCUUCACAAGGCACCACCAGCAAUAGAGAUGAGAAAUUCUGAAGAGCAGCCAAGUGGAGGAACCACAGUGUUGCAGCGUCUGCUACAAGAGCAGCUCCGCUAUGGCAAUCCUAAUGAGAAUCGCAACCUGCUUGCCAUACACCAGCAAGCCACAGGGAAUGGCCCUCCUUUCCCCAGUAGCAGUGGGAACCCAGGCCCUCAGAAUGAUGUGUUGAAUCCCCAAGACCACCACCAACAGCUUGUGGCUCAUGCUGCUCGACAGGAACCCCAGGGACAGGAAAUCCAGUCAGAAAACAUCAUCAUGGAGAAGCAGCUUUCCCCCCGAAUGCAGAAUAAUGAAGAACUCCCAACCUAUGAAGAAGCCAAGGUCCAGUCCCAGUACUUUCGGGGCCAACAGCAUGCCAGUGUUGGAGCUGCCUUCUAUGUGACUGGAGUCACCAACCAGAAGAUGAGGACCGAGGGACGGCCAUCAGUUCAGCGGCUCAAUCCUGGCAAGAUGCACCAGGACGAAGGACUCAGAGACCUGAAGCAAGGACAUGUCCGCUCCUUGAGUGAACGACUAAUGCAGAUGUCACUGGCCACCAGUGGAGUUAAGGCCCAUCCACCUGUUACCAGCGCUCCCCUCUCCCCACCACAACCCAAUGACCUCUACAAGAAUCCCACAAGUUCCAGUGAGUUCUACAAGGCCCAAGGGCCACCUCCCAGCCAGCAUAGCCUGAAGGGCCUGGAACACCGAGGCCCCCCACCAGAGUAUCCCUUCAAGGGCAUGCCACCCCAAUCUGUAGUGUGCAAGCCCCAAGAGCCAGGGCACUUCUAUAGUGAGCAUCGUCUGAACCAGCCAGGGAGAACAGAGGGGCAACUGAUGAGGUAUCAGCAUCCCCCUGAGUAUGGAGCAGCCAGGCCGGCGCAGGACAUCUCAUUGUCGUUGUCGGCCAGGAGUUCACGGCCUCACAGUCCUACUUCUUCCCUCACGUCUGGGGGCUCCCUGCCCUUGCUGCAGUCUCCACCAGCCACAAGACUGUCUCCUGCCCAACACCCCUUGGUCCCAAACCAAGGAGACCACUCGGCUCACCUGCCUAGGCCACAGCAGCAUUUCCUUCCGAACCCGGCUCACCAGAGCGAUCAUUACCGGCUCACUCAGCCUGGCCUGGGUCAGCAGCAGCAACAGCACCACCAUCAUCACCAGCAGCAGCCAGGAGAGGCCUAUCCAGCUAUGCCUCGGGCCCAGCCAUCGUCCGCUUCCUAUCAGCCGAUGCCAGCGGACCCCUUUGCCAUUGUGUCCAGAGCCCAGCAGAUGGUUGAGAUCCUGUCAGACGAGAACCGGAACUUGAGGCAGGAGUUGGAAGGAUGCUACGAGAAGGUGGCCAGGCUGCAGAAGGUGGAGACAGAAAUCCAGCGAGUCUCGGAGGCAUAUGAGAACCUUGUAAAGUCAUCCUCCAAAAGAGAGGCCCUGGAGAAAGCCAUGAGAAAUAAGCUUGAGGGCGAAAUUCGAAGAAUGCACGACUUCAACAGGGAUCUGAGAGAGCGUCUCGAGACUGCCAACAAGCAGCUUGCGGAGAAGGAAUAUGAGGGGUCGGAGGAUACUAGAAAAACCAUCUCUCAGCUCUUUGCAAAAAAUAAGGAAAGCCAGAGGGAGAAGGAGAAGCUGGAGGCCGAGCUGGCCACUGCCCGUUCUACCAAUGAGGACCAACGACGACACAUUGAAAUCCGAGACCAGGCCCUGAGCAACGCCCAGGCCAAGGUGGUCAAGCUGGAGGAAGAGCUGAAAAAGAAGCAGGUGUAUGUAGAUAAGGUCGAGAAGAUGCAGCAAGCCCUUGUACAGCUCCAGGCAGCGUGUGAAAAACGUGAGCAGUUGGAGCAUCGUCUCCGGACGCGGCUAGAGAGGGAACUGGAAUCGCUCAGAAUUCAGCAGCGCCAGGGCAACCCUCAGCCCCCCAGUGUUUCAGAACACAGCGCCACUGCGCUGAUGGAGUUGCUUCGCGAGAAGGAGGAGAGGAUUCUGGCCCUGGAAGCCGAUAUGACAAAGUGGGAGCAGAAGUACUUAGAGGAGAAUGUGAUGAGGCAUUUCGCUCUAGACGCCGCCGCGACCGUAGCUGCGCAGAGGGAUACAACAGUCAUCAGCCACUCUCCUAACACCAGCUACGACACGGCUCUGGAAGCUCGCAUCCAGAAAGAGGAGGAAGAGAUCUUGAUGGCCAACAAGCGUUGCCUUGACAUGGAGGGCAGGAUUAAGACGCUCCAUGCCCAAAUUAUUGAGAAGGACGCCAUGAUCAAAGUGCUGCAGCAGCGUUCCCGGAAGGAGCCAAGUAAGACAGAGCAGCUGUCAUCCAUGCGACCAGCAAAGUCUCUGAUGUCCAUUUCCAAUGCCGGGUCAGGCCUGCUCUCACAUUCGUCCACGCUGACCGGCACCCCCAUCAUGGAAGAGAAGCGAGAUGACAAGAGCUGGAAGGGGAGCCUAGGUAUCCUCCUGGGUGGGGACUACCGCGCCGAGUCCGUGCCCUCCACACCGUCGCCGGUGCCGCCCUCCACUCCCCUGCUCUCCGCUCACUCCAAGACGGGCAGCCGCGAUUGCAGCACGCAGACGGAACGGGGCACGGAACCCAGCAAAACCGCAGCUGUUGCUCCCGUCUCUGUCCCCGCGCCAGCCGCCGCUGCCGCCGCCACCGCUGCCGCCAUCACUGCCAACGCUGCCACCAACACCACCACCAUGGUAGCCGCUGCUCCACUUGCUGUCGCUGCUGCUGUUGCUCCUCCGGCUGCCGCCGCCGCCGCCCCGUCUCCAGCAACCGCUGCUGCUGCUGCUGCUGCUGCUCUUGCGGCUGCCGUUUCUCCAGCUGCUGCCGCUCAGGUUCCGGCCGCUGCCUCCGCCGCCGCCGCCGCCGCCGCUGCUGUCGCGCCUCCUGCUGCUGUUCAGGUUGCUCCAGCUGCUCCGGCUCCGGUUCCAGCUCCGGCUCCGACUGCGGUUCCGGCUCCAGCAGCGUCUCCGGCUUCUGCUGCGGCUCAGACUCAGGCACCAACUCCAGCUCCGACUGCGGCUGCUACUCCGGCUCCAGCUCCAACUCCAGCUGUGGCUCAGGCUGACGCUUCUGCAAGUCCAGCUGCCGGCUCUGGACCACGUCGUUUGUCUGUACCAAGUCUGACCUGCAAUCCAGAUAAGACAGAUGGCCCCGUUUUCCACUCCAAUACUCUGGAAAGAAAAGCUCCCAUUCAGAUCCUGGGACAAGAGCCUGAUGCAGAGAUGGUGGAAUAUCUCAUCUAAACGGCCUAUUCAAGAGCUGCAGUUUAUCAGCAAGAGUGCUUUUAACCAUUUUUCCUUUUUGAUUGUUCUUAUUUUGAGGGUGAGGACAAGGGGUGGGGGGGGAUGUUUUUUAAAGGGACUUUUUAUUGAAACAAUAUAGUACUUAAGUAAUACCGUACAAACUCCAGUCUAUUCUGGUACACACUCAGAGAGUACCUCUAAAGACAGAUGAAUCAGAAUGUGCUCUAAAGUUUAUUGUUUGGGUUUAUACAAACACUUGGACUGUCAAUCGCUGGGUAUACAUGAAUGUUUGCAAUGUGCGUGAUUUUAUUUAGCAUUUCCAUAUUCCAGAUCAUUUUCAUUGAAGAGCACAGUAUGUUUGGGAGACAGUGCGUAACAUGUAGAUUUCAGAAGUGAGAAGCCGGAGAGAAUUUGCACCUAUGCUGUUUUGUACACUUACCAUCUAGGCAGCAUCCAGAGAGGGAGCUCUCAUCUCGGGCUCGUGAAAGGGAAUAGGUUUAGGAGCUGUGUAAGCUGAAGAAAAGGCAGGGGAUAUUGGGGUAUGGAAGGGUGCUGGAGCUAAUUUUCCCUCCCAAUUUCCCAGCUACCCUGUGCCAGGAGAUUGUGUUUAUCUUCAUUUCAGUGGUGCUUUGGAAGUGGAUUCUUUUGGUUCCCUCGCGGAGGUUCAUACAUUCAUAUAUAUACUCUGGAGUAAUUUAUGCAUUUGGAUAAUUAAUAUAUUGCUUUCAGAUGCUAGGAGAGUAAAUUAGCUGUGUGCUGUACAACUUCCUCCUUCUUAGGGAGUGAGACCUUCGGAGGCCUUGAUGGAGAGUUGUGCGAGGUGCUGCGUGUGGCCAUGAGCACAGCUCGCUUGGCUUUCCUGAGACCAAUCUGGUUAGUGUUCAUUGUUUCUCCAGCACAAGUUCACUGGCUGUGUCACCAGUUUCAGGUUUCCAAUCAUUUGCAAAACGAGGAAGCAUUUUUGUUGAUGGGCUGAAUGCUUUGAAUUUCUGGUGACUACUUUCAAAUAACUCCGUUUGUUUUCCCCAAUUCUUAGCAUAACGUCUUAAAAGGCAUCGUUGACUGUAACCUCCAAGGGAAUAGCAGUCGGGGGAGAGGUGGGAUGCAGAUGUAUCCUUAGCUGUCCCUUCUCACUGCCAGUGACUCCAUCUUGGAAUACCUUUGGAGAGCAGCAGAAAAUGUGUAUGUGGACAGGGACCAAGGAGGCCAUGGCUCCGGAGCUUUGCCAUAGGGCCGCCUCCAGGGACACAAAAGGGCUGCUUCUUGCCACAGGUCCCUGCUCUGUGUCACCUCUCUGCCCUUAAUUAAGGUGACAGAUCCACAGACAAUGUCAUUAAGAUCAAUUUUCAGGGGUAUGGGAGGGUGAGGGAAGUGGGGGGUGUUAGGUAAGGGUGGGGGGGGGUAGAAGUUUGGGGAUGUGUUAGUUAGAAACCGGAUUAAUAGAAGAGUAGGCCUGAUAUAUUACGUUGUGAAGCAUAGUGGCUGGAAGGAACUUCAGCAAUAGAGCCCUACCCCCUCGUUUUAGUGGUGAGGAAUUUGAGACCUGGAGAGGUUAGUUUUUCAAGAUCACACAACACAGCUUUCCAUUUUGCCAAUUACCAUGCUUAUUUUGGGAAACCCUUAUAUACCAAAAGCCUCAUCUUAAGAAAAAGCAUCUUCAUGGACCAGGGCAUUCGUAAUUUGUAAAAUGUCCCUGGCCUCGUGGCUUUGUCCAGGGUUCUAGACUCCUACCUUGCUUCCCCUGCAGUGCCUUUUUGCAAGGUUUUCUCUUUACUGGUCCUCAUUUCAACAUUGACUCACAUGAAACUCCCCCCUGAGCAGUCCCCCUCACUUCUUGUCUUGCUAUGGGAUUGGCUGUCUCAGGUCAUCUUACAGGGUCCCUCCGUGACCACGGGAAUGGCAUAUUGAACGGUAUUUUUGUGUCAUUCCUAAUUACCUGCCGAAGGAGUUCUUUUUGUGGGGCCGGGGGAGAGAUGAGGGAGAGUGACGUGAUUUUCAGCCAGUCUAGACAUUUCAAUAAAGAAGUGAUCAUCCUACACGUUAGUCUUCAGUCAUCAAAUGAAUCCCAAAUAGAAAUGAUAAGUGCCAUUGUGCUAAUACUCGUUCAUACCGCCCCUUCAGUCAUAAGGGGAAAAGUCCUCAAAUAGAAAGCAAACUUGAGGACUGCUGCUUUCUAGCCAAAUAAGUAAAUACAAAUAAGAUGAAACCUUUCAUCUGCUCCUUUUAUGGUUAUUACACAUUGCCAGAUUUUUUGCUAGCUCUGGGAGCCAUGAUUUUAAUCACAUUAUGGAAGGUGACAAAUGUCAUACGUUCCACGCUGUGUGGCAGCCGUCUCUUUAGCCUCAUGUACUUUGGGGAAAGGAGGAAGUUCUUGGCUGAGUACUACUUUGAACUGUCCACAGCAUCUCUGCCCCCUCACACCAGAGGCAGUCCCUUUUGGUUCAGUUUUUUUUUUUUAAUCCCAGGUGAUUUGCUCAAGUAAUAUCGUACAUCUAAGAGAUGGAAGGAGUCCAUGGCAUAUACUGUGUUUACAAAGAAGGUAGAUUCAGCCUUUUCAGAAAAUUUCUAAUAGGUGUCCUUCUAAAGAUUCAGGUUUAUGGGAGAAAUGUCAAGUCAAUCACCUUUUUCACAAUUGUCAGGGUAUAACACUUGGGGGAUCUUUCUGGACUCCCACUUAUCUAUGCAUUUUACUGGCACCUCAGGACAGAAAGGUGACCUUGUCUUAACGCGUACUGCCUGGUGAUCUCUGGGGACCUAUUUAAGUCAGUUGUACCCUGAUGCCCCAUGCACAGAAAAACUUCAUUAGAAUGAAUUGUACUUGAUGGAAAACUCCCAUUAACCAUUUUUCAUUAACGAAAAGUAGCUUGCACAUUCUCUUAAAAUCAUGUAUCUCGAUUGUUGUUUUCAUGAAGGAUUUAUUUUCGAUGUUGCUUUCGAGCUUCAGGGUGACAGGGAGAGCAAGAGCCUGAAAUAUCUGCCAUCAUCUGCCACAGAAAACAUACCAAGUGUUCUCUUGUUACGCGGUUGGGUGGGCACAACGAUUGGAAAAUGAGCAAACUGAUUGUGCAAACUACUUUUUAUGCAGAGCCUAAACACUCAUAACGCGGCAGCUUAAAGUAUAUACAUAUGGACUAACUUUUAUAAAUUAUAUUCUCAUGUCUGUUAGCCGUACAAUCUCCUGUUAUCUCAGUUGCUCCUUCACAUAUGGAAUGUGUUACUUAAAAUGUGUGCAUUCUUACGGAACAUGUUUUCAAAGGAAGGCAUCAGGAUGGGCUAAUUGCCAUCAAUUUCAGCCCGCCACGAUCCUUGGAAAUAUAUCUCCCGAGUGUCAUUCAUCAUCAGUAGGACAAGUGUCAGAGCUUGUUUAUUUUUUUCCAGUAGCAGCGGUGGGUUACAUGGAAUCAUCAAACCUCCUUUCUGGCCUCCCUUGUGAUUAAUGGCAUGUGUUAAUAAAAUGGAUAGCUGGGGUUGGCAGAUGGCUAGAGAAGAAUCGCCUUCGGUGUAAAAUGUAUGUGGCCCCUUGUUGAUUGCGACCCCAUUCUGUAAUCGACUGAGCUAGUUCCAAUAAAGUUAAGCAGGUUUGAAUCCACUUUGUGCCUAUCUUUUCACUGACAAUAAAGUUAGCUAUUUUAAAAUGCA